GUGCGCAGUGUUCCGAGCCCCGGAGUAGCACCCGGGGGUAGGGGAGGCGGCUUGGGGGCCAAGUCCCGGCUGUCAGGGCUGGAGUAGUUUUUGCAUGCACAGGAGGCGAUUGCUUGGAAAUGGGGGUUGCGAACGCGGGUAUCCGAGUGGGGGGUACUGACGCGGGAAUCAGACUGGAAAGGUCCUGGCGCUGAAUGGCCAGUCGUUAUGACUCCCAAGGGUCUCAGGACCUAGGAGCCUCUAGUCCCGUUGGAGGCAGCGACAGGAAAAGGGAAAAAGCUUGAUGAGGAAAGAAAGGGUGGCCGGGGUUGGAUGUAGGAGCUGGACAGCAGAAGGUACAGAGUGGAAGUGGUUGGGAAUGGAGAGAACCUCCAUCAACUUAAGUAGUUGUCUUUAAAAGGAGGGACCCGGCUGUUUGGGGGCGGUGACCCAAAGUGUGUUUCCUGGAAGGGGACAGCCGCUACUUAAAGAGCAGGGUCACCUGGGGAGGUCAUCUGAAAGGUCUUGUUGAAACUAGUUAGAAGGGUGAAGAACGAGUCUGUAAAAACUACGGUGGCUUUAGAGAUCAUGUCAUGGUUUCAGAUCAAGUUAUGAUUUUAGCCUGAGACAUAGAAAGAUCGUUGAUUUCCCAAGAUAGUAGGAGUUGGUGACAGGGGCUCCUGGAUAUGGCCUACUGCUUCCUCAUUCAACACAUUAAAGGGGUUUGCUAAGUCAGACAGCACCAUAUACUAGAGAGUCAAUAAUUUUUGUUUGAACAAGUUUGUCAGUACAGAGGCUGAGCGGGAUAUAAAAAAAAAGUAUAAUCAGUUAUUAGAUAUUUUCUAGAUCUCCAUUGGUACCAAAAAAAAAAGCAUUAAGAAAAAACGUUUCUAGAGUUUAAAAAGAUGCUCCCCCCCCUUUUAGGUGUUUAUUGCACAGCAAAAGAACACAAAGAAACCUGAAAGGAAAAAAGAGUGAUGAUAGAGACGUAGGGUCCCUAUCAUGUCACUUUAAUUGAAGUUCUGUUAUAAUAGGGAAUCUCGAGUUCAAAUGGACUGUGAGAUAAAUCAGCCAGUGAUACAUAGUUGAUUUUUAAUGUCCCUGAGUUUCGCAUCUACAGCUUCAACCAAUCAAGGAUUGGAAGCAUUCAUUUAAAAAAAUUGUAUUGUGCUAAACAUACAGGUUUUUUUCUUGUCACUAUUAUUUUUUCUUAUUAUUAUUCCCUAAACUAGACAGCUUAACAUCUGUUUACAUGACAUUUACAUUAUAUUGGGUAUUAUAGGUAUAGGGGAUAUGCAAGUACUAUACCACUUUAUAUAAUGAUUUUGAUAUCCUAGGAGGUCCUGAGAAUCCAUUGUCCAUGGAUAUACCAAGGAAUGACAGACAAUGCAGGACUCCACAUAGUUUAAAGAAACCAACCAAACAAACCUUAGAAACUAGGCAUGGUAGUUCACACCUAUAAUCUCAGGACACAGGAGACUUGAGGCAGGAGAGCUUAAAAAUUGAAUCGAGCCAGGGCUGUAGAGUAAAAGCCCUGUCUCAAGAGGAGAAAAAAACUUUCAGGGGUUGGCAUUGUAGUUAGAUGGUAGAGUAUCUGCCGAGGAUGCAACAUAAGGUGCUUAGUUUUAUUCCCAGCACAAAAGGGAUGGGGAGGGACUUUUAAUUAAAAGAAUUUGUAAGGAUUUUCAACACCACAUGUAUAUUCAUGUAUGUUUUCUGAGUCUUUCUAAUGCAGAGAGGUGGAUCUUAUGUGUGCCAUGGCCCUUGUAGCAUGGAUCUCUCAAAAUAGUAUUUUUAAUUGUAUAAAAUAAACUACAUCGAUUACAAAGAAAACCAAUUACAUUAAAAAUAGUUACUAAGUAUAAAAAUCGUUUAUGCUGAUGUAUCUGUGUACUUACCUAUUUGGGAAUGUGGUGGUAGGGACUGAAGUCAGGACCUUGCUCAGCUAGAUAAACACUGUAACACUGACUAUCCCCUUGGCACUGUGCGUGUGUGCAUGUGCAGUCCUUAAUCGAGUAUGUGUAUAUGCCUGUGGAGACCAGAGGUUGAGUUUGGGUGUCUUUCUUGAUUGCUUCGCUACCCUAUUAUUUUUUUACCUUGACGUUUUAUUCUCUGUUCUUUGGUUAUUUGUGUAUGUGUGUGAGUGUGGGGCCCUGUGUGUGGAAAUCUGAGGACUUGUGGGGAUCACUUCUCUUUUUCCACUUAUGUGACAGCAGUGCCUUUACCCCCUGAGCCAUUUUACCAUCCCAACCAUUUUGUUUUUUGAGACAGGGCCUUCCACUAAACCUGGAGCUUAUUGAUUCAGCUAGACUGACUAGCCAAGGAGCUUCAGGAUCUGCCAGUCUUUACCCUCCAGCAAUGGGGUUACAGAUGUGCACCGAACCUACCUUUAUGUAAGGACUAGAGUUCCGAACUCAGGUCCUGGGAGGAAUGGAGAGGGGUCCUGUUGACUGCCUUUUCUGAAAGGGGUCAGAGAGUUCUUAAACAGAAUUCUAUUUGGCUGCUACUUUGAAAUACAAACCCUAAAGAUGCCACCUUGUUUGGACUUAGAGGAUGACCUGGAUAAGUGAUAAAAAUUAAGACAUUUUGGUUUUCUUAUUGUUCACUUUGCAUAUACUUCUGGAAUAAUACACCAUGGUUUUGGAUGACCUUCCAAACUUUGAAGACAUCUAUACUUCCCUGUGUUCAUCAACAAUGGAAGACUCAGAGGUGGACUUUGACUCUGGACUAGAAGAUGAUGACACAAAAAGUGAUAGUUUUUUGGAGGAUUCCACAAUUUUUGUAGCCUUCAAAGGAAAUAUAGAUGAUAAAGACUUCAAAUGGAAACUGGAUGCAAUAGUAAAGAAUGUGCCUAACUUGUUACACAUGGAAUCCAGCAAGCUAAAGGUGCAGAAAGUGGAGCCCUGGAACAGUGUGCGUGUCACAUUCAACAUCCCCCGGGAAGCAGCGGAGCGGUUACGGAUCCUGGCUCAGAGCAACAACCAGCAGCUUCGGGAUCUGGGGAUUCUCUCCGUUCAGAUUGAAGGGGAAGGUGCUAUCAACCUGGCUUUGGGUCAGAACCGAAGCCAAGAUGUGAGAAUGAAUGGACCCAUGGCAUCUGGAAAUUCUGUUAGGAUGGAGGCAGGAUUUCCCAUGGCAAGUGGUCCAGGAUUAAUAAGGAUGACGAGCCCUGCCACUGUUAUGAUGCCCCAGGGUGGGAACAUGUCAUCUUCCAUGAUGGCACCAGGCCCCAAUCCAGAACUGCAGCCCAGGACUCCUCGCCCUGCUUCUCAUUCAGAUGCAAUGGAUCCACUUCUCUCUGGACUCCAUAUACAGCAACAGAGUCAUCCCUCAGGAUCUUUACCUCCAGCACAUCACCCAAUGCAGCCUGUUCCUGUGAAUAGACAAAUGAAUCCAGCUAAUUUUCCCCAGCUGCAGCAACAGCAGCAGCAGCAACAGCAACAGCAGCAGCAGCAGCAACAACAACAACAGCAGCAGCAGCAGCAACAGUUGCAGACAAGACCUCCACAGCAACAUCAGCAGCAACAGCCACAGGGGAUUCGUCCACAGUUUACUGCUCCAACUCAGGUGCCUGUUCCUCCAGGCUGGAACCAGUUGCCUUCUGGAGCCCUACAGCCUCCGCCAGCCCAGGGCUCUUUGGGCACAAUGACUGCAAAUCAAGGGUGGAAGAAGGCUCCCUUGCCUAGCCCAAUGCAACAGCAACUUCAGGCAAGACCUUCCUUAGCCACGGUACAGACACCUUCUCACCCUCCCCCUCCUUAUCCCUUUGGCAGCCAGCAGGCCUCACAAGCCCAUACAAACUUUCCUCAAAUGAGCAACCCAGGCCAGUUCACAGCUCCUCAGAUGAAGAGUUUGCAGGGAGGGCCCUCCAGGGUCCCAACCCCACUGCAACAACCCCACCUCACCAACAAGUCACCUGCCUCCUCACCCUCCUCCUUCCAGCAGGGAUCCCCUGCAUCCUCCCCAACGGUUAACCAAACUCAACAGCAAAUGGGACCAAGGCCACCUCAAAAUAACCCACUUCCCCAGGGAUUUCAGCAGCCUGUCAGCUCUCCAGGUCGGAGUCCCAUGGUUCAACAGGGAAAUGUGCCACCUAACUUCAUGGUGAUGCAGCAUCAGCCACCAAACCAGGGGCCACAGAGUUUACACCCAGGCCUAGGAGGAAUGCCUAAACGCCUCCCACCUGGCUUCUCAGCAGGACAGGCCAAUCCGAACUUUAUGCAAGGUCAGGUGCCUUCCACCACAGCAACCACCCCGGGGAAUUCAGGAGCCCUUCAACUGCAAGCAAAUCAAAAUGUCCAGCAUGCAGGUGGUCAAGGAGCUGGUCCUCCUCAAAACCAGAUGUCUCACGGGCCACCAAACAUGAUGCAACCCAGCCUCAUGGGAAUUCAUGGCAACAUAAACAACCAGCAGGCUGGUAGCUCUGGAGUUCCUCAGGUGACCCUGGGCAACAUGCAAGGCCAGCCUCAGCAGGGCCCACCAUCUCAGCUGAUGGGCAUGCACCAACAGAUCGUACCCUCUCAGGGCCAAAUGGUCCAGCAACAAGGAACUUUGAACCCUCAAAACUCUAUGAUCCUUUCAAGGGCCCAGCUUAUGCCACAGAGCCAGAUGAUGGUGAACCCUCAGAACCAAAAUCUUGGGCCUUCACCCCAAAGGAUGACCCCACCCAAGCAAAUGCUUCCCCAGCAGGGCCAACAGAUGAUGGCACCACACAACCAGAUGAUGGGGCCGCAGGGGCAAGUUUUGCUCCAGCAGAACCCAGUGAUAGAGCAAAUAAUGACCAAUCAGAUGCAGGGAAGUAAGCAGCAAUUUAACACUCAGAACCAGUCCAGUGUCAUGCCGGGACCAGCACAGAUAAUGAGGGGACCAACUCCGAACAUGCAAGGAAACAUGGUGCAAUUUACAGGACAGAUGUCAGGACAGAUGCUGCCUCAGCAAGGGCCUGUGAACAACAGUCCAUCUCAGGUUAUGGGGAUUCAGGGGCAGGUUCUGCGGCCACCAGGGCCCAGCCCACACAUGGCCCAGCAGCAUGGUGAUCCUGCUACUUCAGCAAACAGUGAUGUCAGCUUGUCUCAGAUGAUGCCUGAUGUUAGCAUGCAACAAACCAACAUGGUUGCUCCACAUGUGCAGACCAUGCAGGGAAACAGUGCUUCAGGAAACCACUUCUCAGGCCAUGGGAUGUCUUUCAAUGCACCAUUCAGUGGUACACCCAAUGGAAACCAGAUGUCUUGUGGUCAAAAUCCAGGCUUCCCAGUCAAUAAGGAUGUAACAUUAACAAGUCCAUUGUUGGUCAACUUAUUGCAAAGUGACAUUUCUGCAGGCCAUUUUGGUGUAAACAAUAAACAAAAUAAUACCAAUGCAAAUAAACCGAAGAAGAAGAAACCACCUCGGAAAAAGAAGAAUUGUCAGCAAGAUCUAAACACCCCAGAUAAUCGUACUGCUGGUCUAGAGGAGGCUGAUCAACAGUCAUUACCUGGAGAACAAGGAAUCAACUUGGACAACACAGGCCCUAAACUGCCAGAAUUUUCAAACCGGCCACCAGGUUAUCCUACUCAACCAGUUGAACAGAGGCCACUGCAGCAGAUGCCUCCUCAACUCAUGCAGCAUGUGGCACCCCCACCACAGCCACCACAGCAGCAGCCACAACCACAACUGCCUCAGCAGCAGCAGCAGCAGCCACCACCACCUAGUCAGCCACAGUCUCAGCAGCAGCAGCAGCAGCAACAACAACAACAACAACAACAAAUGAUGAUGAUGCUCAUGAUGCAGCAAGAUCCUAAAUCCAUUAGGCUUCCAGUCUCCCAAAAUGUCCAUCCUCCACGGGGUCCUCUGAACCCAGACUCCCAGAGAAUGCCCAUGCAGCAGAGUGGCAAUGUCCCUGUCAUGGUUAGUUUGCAAGGACCUGCUUCUGUGCCACCAUCACCUGAUAAACAAAGAAUGCCAAUGUCUGUGAAUACUCCGUUGGGAAGUAAUUCAAGGAAAAUGGUAUACCAGGAGAACCCACAGAAUUCUUCUAGCUCACCACUAGGAGAGAUGUCCUCACUUCCUGAAGCUAGUGGCAGUGAAGUGCCAUCUGUUUCAGGAGGCCCAAAUAACAUGCCCUCACAUUUAGUAGUUUCUCAGAAUCAAUUAAUGAUGACAGGGCCCAAAUCUGGACCAUCUCCCCUUUCAGCAACUCAAGGUGCAACUCCCCAGCAACCUCCUGUAAAUUCCUUGCCCAGCUCCCAUGGCCACCACUUUCCAAAUGUUGCUGCUCCAGCCCAGACAUCUAGGCCUAAAACUCCAAACAGAGCCAGCCCCAGACCCUAUUAUCCUCAGACACCCAACAACCGCCCUCCCAGUACAGAACCUUCAGAAAUAAGUCUGUCACCAGAAAGACUCAAUGCCUCCAUAGCAGGACUCUUCCCUCCACAGAUUAAUAUUCCUUUACCUCCCAGGCCAAAUUUAAAUAGGGGCUUUGAUCAACAGGGCUUGAAUCCAACCACUCUGAAGGCCAUUGGGCAAGCACCUUCAAAUCUUACCAUAAAUAAUCCUCCUAACUUUGCUGCCCCACAGUCUCAUAAAGUAGAUUCUGUAGUGGUGAAUUCUGGAAAACAGUCUAAUCCUGGGACAACAAAACGGGCAAGUCCAAGCAACAGUCGCAGGUCUAGUCCUGGGUCCAGUAGGAAAACUACCCCAAGUCCUGGAAGGCAAAAUUCAAAAGCCCCUAAACUUACUCUGACUUCUCAACCAAGCACAACCCUGUUGCAGAACAUGGAGCUGCCUAGAAAUGUGUUGGUCAGUCCCACUCCUAUUGCCAAUCCCCCUGUAUCUGGAAGCUUUCCUAACAGUAGUGGGCUUAAUCCCCAGAAUCCCGCCGUCCCUGCGCCUGCAGUGGGGGCUGUUCUUGAGGAUAACAAAGAGAGCUUGAACGUUCCUCAGGACAGUGAUUGCCAGAGUUCCCAGGGUAGGAAAGAGCAGGUAAAUGUUGAGCUGAAAGUAGUCCCUACCCAGGAAGCUAAAAUGGUUGUUCCUGAAGAUCAAUCAAAAAAGGACGGGCAACCUUUGGAUCCUAACAAACUCCCCAGUGUUGAAGAGAACAAAACUUUGAUGUCUCCUGCCAUGAGAGAAGCACCAACAUCAUUAAGCCAACUUCUUGACAACUCUGGAGCUCCUAAUGUGACCAUUAAACCCCCUGGGCUUACAGACCUGGAAGUAGCACCUCCAGUAGUUUCAGGGGAGGACCUCAAAAAAGCAUCUGUCAUUCCCACACUGCAGGAUCCGUCUUCUAAAGAAACCUCUAAUUCCUUAAAUUUACCUCACAGUAAUGAGCCAUGCUCAACCCUUCCGCAUCCAGAAUUGAGUGAGGUCAGCUCUAAUGCUGCACCAGGCAUCCCUCCAGUCAUGUCAAGACCUGUCAGCUCUUCCUCCAUUUCUACUCCUUUGCCCCCAAACCAGAUAACUGUAUUUGUUACUUCCAAUCCCAUAACCACUUCAUCUAACACAUCAGCAGCCCUGCCAACAAACUUGCAUUCUGCAUUGAUGUCAACAGUCGUCACAAUGCCCAACGUGGGUAACAAAGUUAUGGUUUCUGAGGGACAGUCCGCUGCUCAGUCUAACGCCCGGCCUCAGUUCAUUACACCUGUCUUUAUUAAUUCGUCUUCAAUAAUUCAGGUUAUGAAAGGAUCACAGCCAAGCACAAUUCCUGCAACCCCAUUGACAACCAACAGUGGCCUGAUGCCUCCCUCCGUCGCAGUUGUUGGACCUUUACACAUACCUCAGAACAUAAAAUUCUCUUCAGCUCCUGUGGCCCCCAGUGUCCCCUCCAGUAGCCCUGCUCCAAACAUACAGACAGGCCGGCCGUUGGUCCUUAGCUCCCGAGCCACUCCUGUUCAGCUGCCUUCCCCUCCUUGUACAUCCUCUUCAGUCGUCGCUCCUAAUCCUAUCCAGCAAGUAAAAGAAUUAAAUCCAGAUGAGGCUAGUCCUCAGCUGAACACCUCAGCAGAUCAGAGCACUCUGCUCUCUUCACAGUCAACCACAGUAGUCUCUCCCCUUUUGACCAAUAGUCCAGGCUCCUCUGCCAAUCGGCGAAGCCCAGUCUCAUCCAGUAAGGGCAAAGGAAAAGUGGACAAAAUUGGCCAGAUUUUGCUGACCAAGGCUUGUAAGAAAGUUACAGGCUCUCUGGAGAAAGGGGAAGAACAGUAUGGUGCAGAUGGAGAGUCUGAAGGCCCAGGGCUAGAGACCACAACUCCUGGGCUAAUGGGAACAGAACAGUGCUCCACGGAGCUGGACAGUAAAACCCCAACACCCUCAGCACCCACGCUACUAAAAAUGACCUCUAGCCCCAUGGGCCCAAGCUCCACCUCAACAGGACCCAUCUUACCUGGCGGUGCUCUCUCCGCCAGUGUACGCUCAAUAGUAACCACACUGGUACCCUCUGAGCUCAUCUCCACAGCACCAACCACAAAAGGCAAUCCUGGUGGCGUAGCAUCUGAGCCACUUGCAGGUGGCCUAGUGGAGGAGAAGGUGGGAUCUCAUCCAGAGCUUCUACCCAGCAUAGCCCCUUCACAGACUUUAGUCCCAAAGGAGAUUGCAGCCACAGCACUGCAGGGGCCUGUUGCCAGACCAGAGCUUGAGGCAAAUGCUGCCAUAGUCUCUGGACAAAGCAGUGAGCCAAAAGAGAUAGUUGAGAAGUCCAAAACCCCGAGCCGAAGAAACUCUCGAACUGAGGAGCCAACUGUGGCUUCUGAGAGCGUGGAAAAUGGACAUCGAAAACGAUCCUCUCGGCCUGCUUCAGCCUCCAGCUCUACAAAAGAUAUAACUGGUGCAGUGCAAUCCAAGCGAAGAAAAUCCAAGUAAGCAAGCUGGAAGAUGACUUGAUACUUGUAAAUGUGUGUGAAUUUUACAAAGAGCAAUUUUCAGCUGUGACUUUUUAAAUCUAUUUCUGUACAGUUAGUCAUUUUAAUAACUCAGUCCUUUUCCUAGUCCCUGAAACCUGUCUCAUAAAGUGUAACGGGGAGCAGCCCUUUUGGUGUUGCAAAAUGAAGUUCAAGGCUUCUAAAAUGUUGCCAUGUAUUGAAAGGAGCUAAUGCCAUUAUAAAUGUUAUUAGUUUCACAUUUCUUAAGCAGCCUAGAGUACAGGGUGAGCAUUUGUAGAUCUUCUAAUGAUGUAUUGUGCUGUGGAAGUACUGUGUGUGAAUAGCAGUAGUGGGGCAAAAAGCAAUCUUGUCAUUUGGAAAUGUAAAUAAUUUUAUUAUAUAGUGUUUUGGAUGUAUUUGUUGUAGAAACGGACCAGUGAAUAAAGAGAAUCUAAGGGUUUGUACAAUGUGAAAUAUUGAACGUGUUAAAUAAAUGUCUUUGUCAUAGAA